AUGGUUGCGGCAGUUCAAGACGCCAUAAAACAUCUCUACUCCAGGAGCCAAGAUGAAAUCAGGGUAAAAGCGAUCGGGAUUUUGUCUACACUCCCGAAGUCGCAAAGAGUGAACAUCAGCAAAGAAGAGAACAAGGCGGUCCAGAGCCUUCAGGAGGAUCCCUCAAUCGUAAUACUCCCCGCGGACGAAGGUAGCUCGACCGUCAUCCUGGACCGAGACGACUACGAUAGCAAGGUUCGUGACCUCAACAGUGCCACGUACCAGAAACUCAAGACCUACCCUACCGCACAGCUACAGACCAAGAAGAACAAGAUGUUGGCGGACAUUUUCAGACAAUACCCAAAGGCGAGGUCCCUCUACCUGUGGCUCAGCUGUACGGCCAUACUCCCGGCUUCUACGGGCUUCCUAAGAUCCAUAAGCCUAAACCUGUCUUGCUACCUCCACCGGCUCCUCGCUCCACUGACUGGAAGAUCUCCCACGCUUGUACGCAACUCUGGCCACUUCGUAGAGCUCGUCUCACCGUUGACUGUCGCAGCCGACGAGUAUCUCGUCUCGUUUGACGUCGUCUCCCUGUUCACUAAUGUGCCUACACCACUGGCAGUUUCUGCGGCUAGAAGUGCGCUUGUGAAGGACAACGACCUCAGUUCACGACCCAAGCUGAGCAUCGACGAACUCUGUCGGCUCCUCGACUUCUGCCUCAACGGCAGGUAUUUUUCCUGCAAAAGAGAGUUCUACAAGCAAACCACUAGAACGGCGAUGGGUUCGUCGGUCUCCGUGACAACGGCAAACCUGGUGAUGGAGUGCAUCGAGGAGAGAGCGCUACAGUCCUUUCAUAUCACACCGAAGGUGUUCCUGCGCUAUGUGGACGAUUGCUUCUGCAUCCUCAAGAAGUCAGAAGUGGACGCCUUCUUGACGCACAUCAACAGCAUCAAACCCUCCGUACAAUUCACCGUUGAACGCGAGAGCGACAACAGCUUGUCGUUCCUCGACGUGCUGGUCACAAAGCAUCAAGGAAACCUGGUGUUCGAUGUCUACAGAAAACCAACGCACCCAGGACGAUAUCUCCCCUUCGAUUCCUACCAUCCCACGAGUCACAAAGCGGCGGUUGUCUCGUCCCUCAUGUCAAGGGCCAAGAACAUCUGCUCGACCGAAGAAAGCAGAAAGAGGGAGGAAAGAGUUAUUAUGUCCGACUUACGAAGAAAUGGCUACACCAAGAACUUUAUUCGAAAACUCUCACGUCGCCAGUAUCGCAAGCCAGAUGACCGUUCCCGUACGGCUGACGCUCCUAAGCGUCAGUCAAAGCGUAUCGCCAUCCCGUACAUGAAAGGCACGAGCGAAGCGUUAGCACGUGUGCUAGCCAAGGAGAGGAUCUGCGUGGCCCACAAACCCGUGUCAACGCUCGGACAGCUAAUGUCACUGCCAAAAGACCGCCCGCCUAAAGAGAAGACACAAGGUGUAAUCUACAAAAAUAUCUUGCGCCCAGUGGCGCGCAUCGUGCAUUGGGGAAACAAAGAACUUCCCCCAAAGAUUACAGCACCACAAGAACGAUGUUCCCCAAGCAGCACAAUGCACUGA